UGUAGCAGUUUCAACUCACCAUCGACGGCUCACCAUCUUCACCAUGGGUUUCAAGUGGCAUCUUAUCUGUACUAUUCUCUGUGUUGAAAUGUCGAUCACUGUCCUGCUUCUCCUCCCUUGCAUUCCACCGGAAAAGUGGUGCGAAUCCUUGACGUCAUCUCAGUUUCAAUGGGUCGUAGGAAUAAUGGGACUCCCGUUCUGGAGUGCAGUCAUCACCCUCGGUGUUGUUUUUGGAGAUGCUGUUUGGAGGCACCACAAGUGCAGAUCUCUAUUGCCCAAGAAGAUUACGAACGCACACCAGGAGAUCAUUUUGUCGACAUGGGCCGAAAUGUUCCGGGCUCAGAGGAAUGUGUACAUCUCCGGUUUCCUUCUUCUGCUGACUUUUGUGAACCAUCGCCUGGUUGAUCUAUUGAUACACACGGCCCACAAGACACAAGGAAACAGAUACAUGGGACGCUUCCACUGAGGAGGGGAGACAGGCUGGUGCGAAGCCCAGUUGUUUGGUUUGUUUGUUUGUUGUUUGAUUGUUGCAGUAUUUCAGUCUGUCACAGUCCCGGGACUGUAUUAUUUUCCCUUCCGUUCAAUGAAGCAAGUCUAGAUUUCCUCAGGUUCUGAAUCGCCCAUCUCUCUGGUCUUCUUUUCAAUUUGAAAGGAUUGUUUGUUCCCGUCAACAUUAUACAUGUUCAGAGACUAAGAGUUAUUCUAAGCAGUAUUCCAGCUAGAUGACGAUGGUCUGUAAAUAAUCGAGUCUAAGCCAGUGAUUGACAUAAUGAACAUCAACCUGUGCAAAUGGGAUACAAUGACAUGUCAACCAAGUCAGCGAGCCUGCCCCCCGAUACCGUUAGUCGCCUCUUACUACAAGCCUGGAUUGCUGAAGGCAAGUUCGAACCCAGAUCUUCACAGGUCCCUAGUUUUUUGGGUGACUGGCGUUAAUCGGCAUCUGGUGAUUACGUGGGAUAAUGAAAAUGGCUCCGGAUGGACCUCUGGAAGUGGUGGCGUUUCCCUUUAAUGUACUGAUGUCGUCAUACGAGUACAUCUUUAUACUUCGUUAUUACUUCAUUGUAUAUAUUACACACCUCUCCUUGUUUCUUUGUGGUUCGGCUCGCUGACUUGGUUGACACGUCAUAGUAUCCCAGUUGCGUAGAUCGAUGCUUAUGAUGUUGAUCACUGGAUUAUCUGGUCUAUCCUGGAUUUUUUACAGACCGCCGUCAUACAGCUGCAGCUGUGCGGGUUAACCAAGAAACCAACCCAACCAAUCAAUUUUAUGUCUUUAGGAGCAAGGAUGGACCAAUUCUUGUGUGGAGUUGCGUCCCUUUAAUUUGGUACACCAGAACCCAACGAUUGGGGAUUCUAUUCCUAGUUUGCCAGGAAUUUGUUUCUAGGUAUGCCAGCACUAUACCCGUGCUAGUGUGUUUCUCUAAAGUAGUACAUCACUUAAGCCUUUCCUUUGACAUAAUGCUGACAGCCGUAGUGGAAACUGAAACUGUUACAAGCAGCGUUAAACACAACCCACUCAUAAGAAAGGUACCUUUGUUAUUACUCAUCAGCUUCUAAAAUGCCAAUCAAACAGAACAACUCAUUGGCUAUAAAGAAAUUUACAAUACAGAAUGUUUCCUCGUUUUCUUAACUUUCAUUUUCCCCCAAAUCCGAAAAA